CCCCAGCCUGACCUCUCUACAGACCCUCUUCCAGAGCCCAGAGGAGGGCUGGCAGCUGUACACCUCAGCUCAGGCCCCGGAUGGAAAAUGUAUCUGCACCGCAGUCAUCCCUGCACAAAGCACCUGCUCCCGAGACGGCCGCAGUCGAGAGCUUCGGCAGCUGAUGGAGAAGGUCCAGAAUGUGUCCCAGUCCAUGGAAGUCCUUGAGUUGCGGACGUAUCGAGACCUCCAGUAUGUGCGCGGCAUGGAGACGCUGAUGCGGAGCCUGGAUGCACGGCUCCGGGGGGCCGAUGGGUCCCUCUCCACCAAGAGCUUCCAGGAACUGAAGGACAGGAUGACAGAACUGUUGCCCCUGAGCCUAGUCCUGGAGCAGUACAAGGCAGACACACGGACCAUCGUGCGCCUUCGGGAGGAGGUGAGGAACCUCUCCGGCAGUCUGGCAGCCAUCCAGGAAGAGAUGGGUGCCUAUGGGUACGAGGACCUGCAGCAACGAGUCAUGGCUCUGGAGGCCCGGCUCCAUGCCUGCGCCCAGAAGCUGGGCUGUGGGAAGCUGACUGGGGUCAGUAACCCCAUCACCAUUCGGGCCAUGGGGUCUCGCUUUGGCUCCUGGAUGACUGACACGAUGGCCCCCAGUGCGGAUAGCCGGGUCUGGUACAUGGAUGGCUACUACAAAGGCCGGCGGGUCCUGGAGUUCCGCACCCUGGGAGACUUCAUCAAAGGCCAGAACUUUAUCCAGCACCUGCUGCCCCAGCCCUGGGCAGGCACGGGCCACGUGGUGUACAACGGCUCGCUCUUCUACAACAAGUACCAGAGCAACGUGGUCGUCAAGUACCACUUCCGCUCCCGCUCCGUGCUCGUGCAGAGGAGCCUCCCCGGCGCAGGUUACAAUAACACCUUCCCCUACUCCUGGGGUGGCUUCUCCGACAUGGACUUCAUGGUGGACGAGAGUGGGCUCUGGGCCGUGUACACCACCAACCAGAACGCAGGCAACAUCGUGGUCAGCCGGCUGGACCCGCACACCCUCGAGGUCAUGCGGUCCUGGGACACCGGCUACCCCAAGCGCAGCGCCGGCGAGACCUUCAUGAUCUGCGGCGUGCUCUACGUGACCAACUCCCACCUGGCUGGGGCCAAGGUGUACUUCGCCUACUUCACCAACACGUCCAGCUACGAGUACACGGACGUGCCCUUCCACAACCAGUACUCCCACAUCUCCAUGCUGGAUUACAACCCCCGCGAGCGGGCACUCUACACCUGGAACAACGGCCACCAGGUGCUCUACAACGUCACGCUCUUCCACGUCAUCAGCACGGCGGGGGACCCCUAGGGGCUGCCCCGCCAGGGCCCCCGGGGGUCCUUUCCACUCGGCCUGUCUCCCUAAUGAAUUCUCUUCUCUCAUGUCUCCUCUCCUCUCCCAUGCCUUUCUGCCAGGCUUCUGUUCAAGCCCUUGCAUUUCUACCGUGGCCUGCCGUUCCUCCCCUCUCCUUUUGAUGCUCCAUUUCUGUAUCUCACUGCCCUCUCCUUGCCAAGCCCCACACCCCUCUUUUUUUGAUGCCCCUGCUUCUUUCGACCUCUUUUCAUCAAAGACUUUCCCGUCUCUCUUCCCAUCUGGUUCUCUUUAUCUCUCCCUCCUCCCUCUCUGCUUCCCACCCACACCCUUCCCCACCACCCUCUUCCAAAGGAGUUGAGUGCAUGAAUCUGUUCCUUUUUUUAUUUCCACGUUUUCUUUCUGGGAUUGCUGGAAUAAACGGGACCUUUGACGUGA